CAGCAACUAUUGAGACGAGGACCGAAUUACUGCACAACCACCAACAUGUCCAUCAACAAGAUCGCCCACAACUGCCCCUCUCAUGCUAAUCCCAGCGAGCUGGAGUCCAGUAUCGCUCAGGCCCUUUAUGACCUCGAGCACUCUGUCACCGAUCUUAGGAGCGCCUUGAGGCCUCUCCAAUUCAGCUCCGCCAAAGAGAUCGAGGUCGGAUCUGGAAAGAAGGCUAUUGUUGUUUUCGUUCCGGUCCCGUUGUUGGACGGUUUCCAUAAAGUUCAGCAGAGAUUAACUCGUGAGCUCGAGAAGAAAUUCUCUGACCGCCAUGUCCUCUUUAUUGCUCAACGCCGCAUUCUCCCCCUCCCGUCUCGCAGAUCUCGCGUUACCCAGAAGCGCCCGCGCUCCAGGACUCUUACUGCUGUCCACGACGCCAUCCUUCAUGACCUCGUCUUCCCCACCGAGAUUGUCGGCAAGCGCAUCCGCACUAAGGAGGACGGUCACAAGAUCAUCAAGGUCUUCCUCGACGCUAAGGAACGUGCGGGUGUCGACUAUAAGGUUGAUACCUUCGGAGAGGUUUACAAGAAGCUGACUGGCAAGAACGUUGUUUUUGAGUUCCCGGUCGUUGGUGAAAGCUACUAAAGUUCGAUAAAUUAAACGGGAACGGGUUUUUUUCUUGAUGUAUAUUUUUUUGCCGGCAUGGGUGGCGGAAAUAUAAAAGUUGGGCUCUGGAA